AUGGAUUUAAGAAAUAUUGUGGUGCUUUGGUUAAUGAUUGCAGCAGCCGAAGCCAGAUUUGAGGAUUUCGUAGUUAAAGAUCGGAAUGAUUUGACUCGGUUGGGUUAUGACGAUGACAUCUCCGAUGAGGAUUAUGAGCUUGAUGAAGCUUCGUUUUCUAAUAUAGAAUUUUUGCAGCAAUUAUCCGAAAUCGAACCAAACAUUAUGGAGAUGUUAAAUGGCGUUUCAUUGGAGAAUAUGCCUCCGGGUUUGCUCCGGAAACUACAACAAUUUUACACAAUGAUGGACUCAUCAAUGUGCAUGGACGACGAUGAUAUGUGGCAGACUGGGGAAUUUCGGAACUCCUACGAUAUAAAUGGCUUCGAUGAUACACUACAACUUGAAUAA